UUGUCCUCUCUUUUUUCAAGCCAUAGAUUAUUUGCUAUUUCAGGAAUUUUUUCUUUUCUUAGAACUGAUUCACUUUUUGGACGGAGACUCCAGUGCUACUCCAGUUUCACUUUCCUGUUCUUGGAAACCCUUUAGAUCUGGGAAUGAGAAUAGCUCCACAGCCCUUCAUGACUGGUCAACAUGACCAUGAGGGUGGUGUGGCGAGGAGUCAGGUGGGUGUUCAGUCCUCCCUAGGUGCCUUAUAUUUGCUGCUUUGCAGGGACUGGGCACCAGUUGAUUCCCGCAGAAGAAUCAAGACCAUAGCAGAGGACAAUUCCUGGGCCUGAACUCCUGUGAGCAAUUGACUGGACACAGGACUUGUGCUUUAGGUUCCACAGACUUGCUGGGAAACAAACUGGAAAAGCAUCCCUUCAGAGAUCCAACAUAUACUAUCAGGUUGAUUAUUUGCUUGCAGUCAUGGGCUCACUUGUCUCAACUCCAGCUUCUGAUGAACGCAGUGAUUUGCCCAACCACUUUAAGGAGUAUUUCAAGAACUUUAAUCAAAAAAGUGUAAUCAUCUCUCAGAAAACAAGCACUUCAAUUCAGUUACGCUUGGCAAAAGGAGAUAUUCAAGGUGCAAACACCAUAAUCAGUGAUGCAUUAAAAGAUAUUGACAAACUCUCACUCAACAUCGCUGUGACUGGGGAGACAGGGUCAGGGAAAUCCAGUUUGGUGAACGCCCUGAGAGGGGUUGGACACGAAGAAGAAGAUGCAGCCGCCACUGGGGCAGAGGAGACAACCAUGGAGAUAAGGUCAUACAAACACCCAAAGUUUCCCAGUGUGGAAAUAUGGGACCUACCUGGCAUUGGAACCCUUAAUUUCCAGCCAGAAGAUUAUCUGGAGAAAGUCAAAUUUGCUGAGUAUGACUUCUUUAUUAUUGUUUGUGCAACACGCUUCAAGAAAGAUGACAUAGACCUGGCCCAGGCGAUCAAAGCUAUGAAGAAGAAUUUCUACUUUGUGAGAACCAAGGUGGACAGUGAUUUACAAAAUGAACAAAGCACUAAACCAAACAGUUUUGACAGGGAAAAAGUCUUGAAAAAGAUCCGAGACACGGCUCAGCGGGAAUUUCACAGGUGUGAUAUUGAUGCCAAAAUCUUCCUAAUAUCCAGCUUGAAGUUGUCUGAGUUUGAUUUCCCAAUCCUAAUGGACACCCUACUAGAGGAUCUUCCUGCUGAAAAGCGCCACGUGUUCACACUUUCCCUGCCCAAUAUUACUGAGGCCGCCAUUGACAAAAAGAGGGACUCCCUGAAGCAGAUUGUCUGGCUAGAAGCCCUAAAGGCUGGGUUUCUGGCUACCGUGCCUCUGGUUGGCAUCAUUCAGGACCAAGAUGUGGAGAAACUGAAGAAGAGCCUUCACCAGUAUCAAGUCCAGCUUGGAGUGGAUGAUUUAUCUCUACAUAGUUUGGCUAAAGAUUUGAAAGUGCCUGUGAAAGAACUCCAAAGGAACCUUAAAUCUCCUCAUUUAUUUGACACUGAGAAAAACCAAACAAUAGGAGAAAAGCUUUUGAGAUCUUUUGAGAUAUUCUGUUCAGCCAAUGGAGGUCUUCUUGCUACUGGUCUUUACUUUAGGAGAGUCUUUUACUUGCAAUAUUAUUUGCUUGACACAGUGGCUGAGGAUGCUAAAGUUCUCCUUAAAAUGUCAUAUUCCAAAAACUGAUUUACUUCCAAAUAGGCUAAAAUCCUCUGGAUUUUUAAAUCCAGAUUCCUAGAGAAAAGUAGGAUAGUGCAUGUUUGCCAGCUCACAUGCUUAGUUUCCUGAGACCAUCCAGGAUGCAAUAAUGAGUGCAUAUCCCAGUUAGAUGGGCCAAGGGCAUGGGUUAUCUGAAUAUGGUCAGACAGCUAAAUGUCAGGCAUCCACUUCCAAUAAACCACCACAUCCAAUUACUUUACCUUUUUAAUAUAGCUGUGAACUUGACAAACAUUUUUAGAUUUGACUCAAGUUCUUUGAAAUCCAGUGUCCCUCACCCCUUCAACCUAGUGAUAACAAUCAAUCACGCAAACAGAAAUGCCUUUGAUCCCCUUGUGAUACCAAUAGAUGCUGAAUAAAUGCUUGAUAAAAAAGGAUAUUUG